AUGCCCUUCAACUCCCACUGCUUCACCCUCUCUCCCCUCGAAGAACUUAUGGGUGGAUCAAUUUCAAAACGAAGGAGUUCUAGGCGACGUUCUUCCUCAAAUUUUUUUCCUCGGUAUCAAUCACCUUAUCUGCCACAAAGCCAAGAUCAAGGGCCUGUGGGACAUUACGGAUAUUCAUCUCAAAGCACUGGUGGUGAUCGUGCUGCAGAACAAGGAAAGAGAUCCGAUGGGAAGUAUUCAAGGAUAGGUGAUAAUUAUAAGAACUUGUACCAGGUAACUGAAGCUCUGUCAAAUGCUGGCUUAGAAUCUUCCAAUCUCAUUGUUGGUAUUGAUUUUACAAAGAGCAAUGAGUGGACAGGUGCAAGGUCAUUUCAAAGGAGAUGCCUGCAUCACAUUGGUCAUGAACAAAAUCCGUACGAGCAAGCUAUAUCUAUCAUUGGGAAAACAUUAUCUUCCUUUGACGAGGAUAACUUAAUUCCCUGUUUUGGUUUUGGAGAUGCAUCAACACAUGAUCAAGAUGUUUUUAGCUUCUAUCCUGAUGAGAGAUUUUGUCAAGGAUUUGAAGAAGUGUUGAAACGAUACAGGGAAUUGCUCCCUCAGUUGAAGCUUGCAGGUAUUGGAACAUUGGUGACGAGAAGUGUUGACACUGAGCAUGGCCAGUUGAGUUCACAAGAAAAGAAAACUGUAGAAGCUAUUGUGAAAGCUAGGUAA